CAGUUGACUUGUCUCGGAUGAACUUCUGACAUCAGGUCACAGAACCGAAAAGGAUAUGAACCCUACAAGCGAGUCGACCAAGCUCGAAGGCAAGGAUGAGUUCCACGAGUACAGAGCCGCCAACAAGCUUGAGGGGGCCAAAGCUCUCAUCACCGGCGGAGACUCUGGUAUUGGCCGCUCAGUAGCAGUCCUCUUCGCCCGCGAAGGUGCAGACGUAACAAUCGUCUACCUCCCAGAAGAACAAGAAGACGCCGAAGAGACCAAGCGCAUGGUCGAGAAGGAAGGUCACAAAUGUCUUCUCUUCGCUGGAAACCUCAUGGACAAUGAGACCUGCAAGAACGCAGUCCAGAAACACGUUGAUGAAUAUGGCAAGAUUGAUGUCCUGGUGAAUAAUGCUGGGAAGCAGUUCAUGUGUGAGGACUUUAAGGAUAUUGAUCUAGAUGAUGUGGAGAGUACUUUCCGAAGUAAUAUUCUUCAGAUCUUCGCUAUGACGAAGUAUGCGCUUCAUCAUAUGGAAAAGGGUGGCUCUAUCAUCAACUCAACAUCUACCGUUGCAUUCAGAGGAACAGCGCACAUGGUAGACUACGCAUCUACAAAAGGCGCCAUCACUUCCUUCACACAAUCGCUGUCAAAGCAACUAGUCAAGAAGGGCAUUAGAGUCAAUGCCGUAGCUCCAGGGCCUGUUCAUACACCUCUGCAGCCUGCUUCUCGACCGGCGGAGCAGAUGGAGGGAUUCGGCAAGAAUUCGCAGUUGGGAAGAGUUGGACAGCCGAGUGAGAUUGCACCGAGUUAUGUCUUCUUGGCUUCGAAGGAUGCGACGUUGUUCCAUGGACAGGUCCUCCAUGCUUAUCCGCUUGGUGACUAGAGGUUGUAGCGGUAGUUAGAGCAAUGGAUAUGUAUGUUUCGGAAUGUAAUCGAGACUGCUGGUGCAUGGCAGAGCAAGUGGAACGGGCUCACGGUUUUGUUGCGUGCCAUCCUGUCAGAAGCUUCAGCCGCAAGCAAUAUACAAGCCUCUAUCAUCAUCAAGAUGCCGAGCUGAAAGUGCGGUGAACUAAAUACCAUUCCAAUAUGCAAAUCC